AUGCUCCACGCUCCACCCUGGGGCCGGCUCGUCCUCACUCGCUGGGAGGACGCGGGCUGUGAGCGGCCCCGCGGCGGAGCUUACGUGCUCGCAACUCGCAACGUGGAGUGUGGCCGAGCGAGCGCGUGCGCCAUCCACUUCAACAAGCGCGUGGACUGGGUUUCCAAUCGCCAUUUUGAGGUCGGGCGCGACGAAGAGGGCCCGUGGCUUUGCGACCGCUCGUCCAACGGGACGUGGCUCAACGGGGCGCAACUCGUGCAGGGGAAGCCGGCGCGAAUGAACCUUGGAGACACCAUCGAGCUCCGCGCGGCCGCCAAGAGUGAGGGCCAGCCGCACAAGACGAUCGCCUUCCGCUUCGAGCCGCCGCCGCAGCCGCUGAGCAAUGUGCCUCCGCCUCUCGAGGACUCGCCGCCGGCAGAGAGCGAGUCGUCCAAGCGGCAGCGGCCGGGCGCGCAGCGCGAGACUGACCUCCCGACGAGGAUGGCCGAAGACAGGCCGCGUCAGGCGCCGCUCUCCGCGGCGGCGGCGGCGGCGUUUGAGGCGCGGCUCGAGGCGGUGGGCGCAGAGCUGCGCGACGUCAAGGCGGAUACGUCAGGAGGGAGGCUCUGA